AUGACAACGAUGCCCGAAAAGAUUUAUCAGUUGAUAAUUAUCUGCAAAAUGUUUGCAUUCAAACUUGUCUUAGCGUUUGUAUUGAGUUCGAUAUGUUAUUCGGAAAAUAUCGGGUAUAAAGUGGACACGACUUCAAUCAAAGCCAAUGAUUUUGGUUUUGAAGCCUCACUUAAACUCAAAGAUACGGCAAAACACAACAUAUUUGAAAAGUCCAAAGACUCGCAAAGACUGAAACUUUCGGUCACUUAUUAUACGGAAAAUAUAUUAAGAUUCAAGAUUUUGGACGCUUUCUACACGAGAGAUGAAUCGGCCCUUCAGUCAGACUUUCCAUUUGACACAUCGAUCGGUGGUCUGAAAUCUGACGAUCAAUUCAUCCAAAUAUCAAGUUAUUUGCCGUCAAAUAAUGUGUACGGUUUGGGAGGUAAGACUCACUCGUCUCUCAGACAUGACUUGAAUAACAAGACGUGGGCCACCUUUGGUCAGCACCCCUUCCAUACUGUACUCGAAAACAAUGGCAAUUCUCACGGAGUUUUGUUACUUAAUAACAAUCCUAAGGAAUACACACUAAUGCCGGCGCCGGCGAUGUCUGUGAAGACAAUCGGAGGAAUAUUGGAUUUCUUUGUGUUUAUCGGCGAUAAUCCCGAACACGUCAUACAGUUAUACACUUCACUCAUUGGUCGUCCGUUUUUGCCAUCGUUUUGGGCGCUCGGCUUUCAAUUAGCGGAACAAAAUUACAAGGAUUUGAAUGAAUUGAAUACUACAGUCCAGCGGGAGAUUAAAUCAGGAAUCCCUUAUGACACCCAAUAUAUCGAUGGAAAUUACAAAAAUGAAUGGGGACGCAAUUUGGCAUACGACCCUGUUAAUUUCAAAAAUCUGCCUAAAUUAAUAUCAGAGACUAAGGACAAGAAUAAUCUCCAUUGGACUCCAAUCAUAGGCUCCCGUAUUGAGGGAAAUGAAAAUUAUUGCAAAUCUAGUGAUGGAAAGAAUGGCAAUAUAUUUGUGGAUAUAAUUAACUCGUUUACAUCGACAGUGAGCCGUCUCAUCAAUCCGCUCAACCUCUUUGGUAAUCGAGUGAAUCCCAAAUCUGUUUCUGCUUCUGAUUUACUCAAUAACCUGAAGAACUUGUAUUCAAACGGAAUUCAAUUCGACUCACUCGCUAUUGAUUCGGACGACUCAACACUGGCUAUUCCCGCACGAAAGGCAUUGACUGAAAUAACGGGUAAAAGAGGUUAUGUAUUAUCGCGAUCAACAUCUGUAUCGUCGGGACAAUACACGGGUCACUGGUUGGCGGACACACAAAGCACGUGGUCUGAGAUGAAGAACUCAGUGAUAGGAAUGUUGGAAUACAAUCUCUUCGGCAUUCCUUAUGUUGGGGCAGAUAUUUGUGGUUUUGAAGGCAAGGCUUCGGCCGAACUCUGUCUUCGUUGGCUAGAAUUGGGAGCAUUUUAUCCGUUGAGUCGAAGCAAUCACAAGAGCUCUAGCGGUGAACCACAAGACCCUGCGAUUUGGGCCGAUAGGGGACACCCGGAUGUGGCGCUCGCCGCUAACAUAUCGCUUGAAGUCAGACAUCAAUUACUUCCCUAUUUAUAUACCCUGUUCUUCAAAGCUCACGUAUUGGGCAAUACUGUCGCCAGACCUGUGUUUCACGAAUACCCGACUGAUCCGCAAACCUAUGGUAUAGACGAGCAGUUUAUGUGGGGACCAGUUGUCAUGUUUUCACCGAUUCUUCGCGAAAAUCAGACAGAAGUGAAUUCAUACCUUCCCGAUGACGUAUGGUAUGCGCCAAACGCUGAGUUCGUGUCAUUGUUUCCACACAAGGGAUACGUCAACCAAACCAAUCCCUUUCCCUUCCCUCCCACUAAUAUGAGAGGCGGGUAUAUAAUACCUAUGGGUUAUACCACACCAAUCAAUUCGCAGGAGACUAGAGAUAAUCCCAUCGCUGUUGAAGUCUAUCCCAAGAAUAAGACUGCGAAGGGAGACAUGUUUUGGGACGACGGCGACUCUCUCAACAAUAUUGAGACAAAACAAUACAAUUUUUAUGAAUUUGAAUUAUUCUCCAACUGUUCCCUUCAUAUUGUGGCCAAAACCAAAGGCUAUACUUCAAAGAAACCGCAUAUCGUUGAAAAGUUUGCGAUCGCAAACACAGUCAACUCAAAUAUAACGGCUUCCGUCGAUGGAAAACCCGUUGCAUUUGUUGAGUCGAGAGACGACUCGACAUUCAUUCACGCGAACCUCGAUUUGAAUGCCGGCAAAGAGGGACAGACAUGG